AUGGCUGGACCAGAGAAAGGCCGCAUCGCCAUCAAGUUCGGCGCUCCCUCGUCGAGCAAGGCAACGGCUCCUCGCCCACAGUCCAGCCUCGGCAAACGCCCUCGUCACCACGCCCUGGGAGGAGCUUCCGAAUCCGAAUCCGAUGAGGACGACCACCGGCUGGGACGUGCAGAGCUCAUCACUGGAUUUGGCGAACACGGCGCCGAAACGGAGACGGAGAAGAGAGCGAGGGAGUUGGUCAAGAGGGUGCUGGUCAUCCAGAGGCAACCCAACCGCGACUGGAGGGCAGAGGCGAGGGCGCAGAGCCGGGGCAAGAACCUACUGCCCGAGGAGGCGAGGGUGCAACGUGACGGAAACAGUACCGUGAUUGAAACGGCGCCAGCAGACCAGGAUGCUCCGAUCCAGUGGGGUUUAUCGGUCAAGGAGAAGCCGUCGACCGCCGACGACGAUGUACCGAUCGAGGAGGACAUGGCCGGGGACGAGAAAGGCGAGGGUGCACAACCAGCGCCAGAGCCAUGUCCGGAGAGAACUGUCGACGACGAGGCCAUGGACGCGCUGCUCGGCCGCGGCACGACGAAGAAAACGGCCAUCAUCCAACCCCUCUCCGAGGACGACGCCUACCAACGCGACGCCGCCGCCGCCGGUGCCGACUCCACCCUCGAGGAUUACGAAGCCAUGCCGGUCGAGGAGUUUGGUGCCGCUCUUCUUCGAGGCAUGGGAUGGAACGGAGAGGAUCGUGGGCCAAAGGCCAAGGAGGCGCGACGACGCCCCAACCGCCUCGGUCUCGGCGCCAAGGAGCUCAAGGGCGAGGAGGACCUCGGCGGAUGGAACCAAAAGGACGGCAAGAAGAAGCGGCCACGGCUGGACGAGUAUCGCCGAGAGGAGAACAAGCGCAAGGAGAGCCGGAGGCAAGAGGACAGCUACAAGAGCGAGCGCGAGCGCGAGAGGGACGGCCACCGAUCUCGGGAUCGACAUGGGGAUAGCAACCGGCAUCGCGAUCGGGAUCGCGACCGGGACCGAGACCGGGACCGAGACCGGGGCCGAUAUCACAGAGACGGUCGCCGCUGA